UUUCCUCGCUCCCCGCCGUUGGACGUGACCAGCGGCGAAAAUGGUGUCUCUUAAGCUGCAGAAGCGGCUUGCCGCUUCAGUCCUAAGCUGUGGUCUGCGCAAGGUUUGGCUCGACCCCAAUGAGGUCAACGAGAUUUCUAUGGCCAACUCCCGCCAGAACGUGCGGAAGUUGAUCAAGGACGGCCUCAUCUUCAGGAAGCAGCCCGUCAUCCACUCCCGCGACCGCGCUCGUCGCUCCGCGGAGGCCAAGGCCAAGGGCCGCCACACCGGCUACGGUAAGCGCCGCGGUACCCGCGAGGCGCGCCUGCCCCAGAAGGUGAUGUGGAUCCGGCGCCUGCGUGUCCUGCGCCGCCUGCUGAAGAAGUACCGCGACUCGAAGAAGAUCGACAAGCACCUCUACCACGAGCUCUACAUGAAGGUCAAGGGUAACGUCUUCAAGAACAAGCGUGUGCUCAUGGAGGCUGUGCACAAGCAGAAGGCGGAGAAGGUGCGCGAGAAGACCAUCGCCGACCAGUUCGAGGCCCGCCGCGCCAAGAACAAGGCCGCGCGCGAGCGCAAGGCUUCCCGGCGCGAGGAGAGGCUGGCUGCGGGCCUGCACCUCGAGGCCCCGGCGACCAAGCCCGCCCCCGCCGCCAAGAAGUAGACGGUUUGCCGGCAAUCACCUGGUUGGUAGUUGUUGACAACUGUAACAUUCCGGGGCUCUGAUCGCCUGUCUCUAUAACGUUGUCAUGGCAAGCCAUGGUUGCACUUAGCAAGAGGGAGCCUAGUCAAGCACCUUGCGGUGCCGUUUCCAAGGCAGCUCCCAGUAUAAGUUGGCCCCGAACA